CAGGGCAUUUACGAUUAGGAAGUUUCAGCUUGCUCGAUCGCGCCGGAACCCCGCUUCCGAAUUUCGAGGUUCUUGCUCUUCUUUUUCAUUCUUUUUUUUUUUUCUUCUUUUCCUUCUCAAAGUGAAUUAGUUUUCUCUCCUUUUUGUGUAUGUUUUAAUUAUCACGAAUUUGAAAAUGCGUUAACACAAAAGCAUGUCCAUAGAGGAGAUACACGGAGGCGAUAUGUCUUCUGCGAUGCUCUCAUCCAUUUUGCUUCUUCUAUUUUUUGGCCGCGCUGCGAAUGCUCAGAGAAGUUUAGAAUUUUUCGAUCUUUUACCCGAGGAUCCUAAAUUUUAUGACAAAAUGCGACCUCCUAAGAAAGAUGGUCAAGCAACCGUUGUAUAUUUUCACGUUACUGUAAUGGGACUCGAUUCCAUCGAUGAAAAUUCAAUGACGUACGCCGCUGACAUUUUCUUUGCCCAAACGUGGAAAGAUAAUAGACUCCGACUGCCAGAAAAUAUGACAUCCGAAUAUAGAUUGUUAGAAGUUGAUUGGCUGAAAAACAUGUGGCGACCGGAUUCUUUCUUUAAAAACGCAAAGUCUGUGACUUUUCAAACAAUGACGAUACCGAAUCACUACUUGUGGUUAUAUAAGGACAAAACCAUUCUCUACAUGGUCAAACUGACCUUAAAACUCUCUUGCGCCAUGAAUUUCCUGAUUUACCCUCACGAUACGCAAGAAUGUAAAUUGCAAAUGGAAAGUCUAUCGCACACGACAGACGAAAUGAUCUUCCAGUGGGAUCCCGAUGUUCCUCUCGUUGUAGACGAAAACAUUGAAUUGCCCCAGUUGCAGCUCGUUAAAAAUUAUACGGCCGACUGCACACAGGUCUAUUCCACUGGUAACUUUACUUGCCUCGAAGUUGUGUUCGUGCUGAAACGACGUCUCGGUUAUUAUUUAUUCCAUACCUACGUGCCAACGUGCUUGAUCGUCAUCAUGUCGUGGGUGUCAUUCUGGAUAAAACCUGAAGCCGCACCCGCCCGAGUUACUCUAGGAGUCACCUCGUUGCUCACCCUCUCCACGCAGCACGCCAAAAGCCAGGCCUCUUUACCACCCGUUUCGUACCUGAAGGCCGUCGACGCCUUCAUGUCAGUUUGCACGGUAUUCGUGUUCAUGGCACUGAUGGAGUAUUGUCUGGUGAACAUUGUUCUUGGCGACUCGGAUACGCCCGCAGCGAAACCCGCACCUCCACCACCGCCGCCAUCCUCGAGCACCGCGGACUCGGCUAAGUUCGACAAGAUCUUCGACAUAGCCGCCAACAAGGGAAACGCAAUGUUGUUAUCCUGCCGAUCGCAGAAAUCGCCGGUUGCUCCACCGCCCGGACCUACCCCGGCCCAAAAGGCACGAAUACGAGCAUUGAACAUCGACCGUAUAUCUCGCGUCUUCUUCCCUUUUCUAUUCGCCGUACUGAACGUCACCUAUUGGAUAAUGUUCGCCGAGUAUAUUUAGACGGUGACAUCGGAAACACUCAUCAAACAUCGCGAACAUCGCGCGACACUUCAGAAGAAGUAUGAGGAAAUGAAGAGAACGAGCUUUCUGCAAGAAAUUGACUCCGGAAGAAAAUUGUACCAUGUUGGAAUUGAAAGCAGUAGGAUUUUUUUAAGAAACACUUGCCCAUUAUGUAAUGUGAUAGAUGUGUCGUAAAACGAACGAAAAUGACGAAGAGUUUUGCGAAACGAAUAAGUGAAAACGAGACGAGUCUCCAGGAAAGUAUCAUCAAUCUGCAUGAGUAAAAAUAAAAUUUAAGGCUCCUGACUUAGAAGCCGCGGCCAUAUUGGAAUCGUGAUAAGCGACGUCGUAAGCGAGAAAUGAUACAGUGAAAUUUAUUGCGUGUAAUUUGCAAAUAGAGAUAUUUGACUAAAAUGACACUUGAAAUGGCUUUAAGACAUUUGUGAAAAUGGACAGUUACUUUACUAUACUUUCCUCUUCAAUAAAUAGUUGUAAAGUCUAAU